AUGAGUACAGGCUUUCAGCGCCACCUAACCAACUUUGCUUAUGUUCGAUAUGGAAACUCGUUUGGCCUUGCUUUGCCGCCGAUUCAAAUUUGUAGCCAAUCGGUCGACUUCUUCCUCGUUAAGCGCUUCACUCCUUCCGCAAUUGCUAUCGACUAUGCUCCGGAACCAGAGCUUGAGCAGUGUCUCAUGGGGCAGCCGGUCAAGCACAACUGGUGGUUAACAGCAAUAACUGCAGUUGCAAAUGAAGUUAUUGAUAGUGGAUACGGAGUAUCAUCAAGCUUGAAGCCAACGGUCCGUGAAGAGCUUGUCACCUGCUGCCCACAUGAAAUAGAAUUGGCGCUACAUGGCAUAGGAGUGCGGUUUGGGACGGAAACCCCAAACUCGGGAGUCUGGAGCCCACUGUAA